UGUGGUAGAAUGUGACUCGGUUUGGCCCCUAGUGCUCUAUCUCGCAUUUACUUAAUACACGACUUAUUGAAUGGCUGAGAUGAUGACACCUGUUAUUGGCUGAACCGUUGGAUGCAUUAUGACCUUUUAUAUUCUAGUCUCUCUCAUUUUUCUGGGUUUGAGGGUUUCAGUCUCUACUUGUCUUUAUGAUUUCUCUCUCUGAAAACCUUUGGUUUUCAUUUGUAAUCUUGAGUCUUCUAGUAUUCUUGGUGAUGUCCAGUGUAAAUCAUGUUAUGGUUAGAGUUUUAUUGUUCUUGGGUGAAUUGUAAUUCUUGGUUACUUGGGGGUAAUCUGUAAACGAGAGAAAAAGUGAGAGUUGAGUUUGAGGGCUUUAAGUCGAGUGAUUCUUGGGUUUUUGAUUCCUGUAUUUUGACGCACUUUGCUGGGUUCUAGUGUAUUGGAGUGUUAAUCACUUAGGUGGAUACUCAACGUGGUGAUUAGUCCAUUUUUGAGUGAACAUCCGGACUUACAGACGAAACAUCUUUGUGUUCUCUGUGUUUGAUUUACUCAAUUUAAUUUUGGGAUUGUUAGAUACCAACGUAUUAUAUUCUAACAAGGAACCAUGUGAUUUCUUGAUUCUUGCAGACUAUACCAGUACAUACACUUGCAACUGGGGUGGACUUCGCCCAAGGGGUUAUAAUGGAAAUUGUGUUGACAUUUUCAUUGUUAUUCACUGUUUAUGCAACAAUUGUGGACCCCAAGAAGGGGUUCCUUGAAGGGAUGGGCCCACUUCUUACUGGUCUUGUUGUUGGGGCCAACGUCAUGGCUGGUGGGCCAUUCUCAGGGGCUUCAAUGAACCCUGCAAGGUCAUUCGGGCCAGCUUUGGUCAGCGGGGAUUGGACCGAUCACUGGGUAUACUGGGUUGGGCCACUCAUUGGAGGUGGUCUUGCUGGAUAUAUCUAUGAGAACUUCUUCAUUGUCAGAUCUCAUGUUCAACUGUCAGGAGAGGAAGUUUUCUAAUCUAAGCCCAAUCCAAUAAGCAUAUCGAGUGCUCUGUUGUCUAUUAGACAAUGUUGUUAGUCUGUUUUUAAAUUUAUUAAAUAAUUGAGUAUUUUCGAUGUUACGACUCACAAGCACAAAUUCAAAGAUAUACUCUCGUUAUACAUGAGAGCAUGAAAAAAAGCAUUGAUCAACGGAUGGGAUUGUGCUAAGGAUAGGCGCUUCUCUU